AUGGCUGACAACUCCAACCAUCAAUCCAGUCCUGGUAUAGGCGAGGAUAAAAUGCCCUCAUCAUCAAAGUCAUAUUUUGAUUUUGUAGUCGCGAAACGACCCGUUUACGUUCCUAACUCUGGCCCGCCAUUGCAGCCGAUUUCACUCCUACUCCCUCACGACAAGCCGAUGCUGAUCCAAGCCGAGAUCCAACUUAGUGAAGACCCAGGUCGGUGGGUGUACCAAGUGUACGACCCAGAAAAACCCGGCCUUAGGGUCAGCGUUAGACCAGAAAAGAUACUUGACUGGGUAUCCCCUCGAACCCUGGAGAAUUGGGAGCUCGACAAACCAGCUCGUCAGGAAAGAGAGCGCGAGGAAUUAAAACAGGAGAAAUUAGCAGAGGCGGCAAAACGCAGGUCGAAGAAGUUGAAGAAGAAGAAGAAGAAGAAGUCACGUGCAACAACCCAAAUUAGCAAAAACGACAAGAGAAGACUUACAACCAAUGCCCCUAUUUCUGCCGGUCCUGGUCGGAAACGAAGAGUGGCCGCGGAGGAAGAGUUGGUUUUUACGUCACCUACUACGACUAACAGAAAGCCGAAAGGUCCUUCACUAUCUACACCUGCUAAGAACAUCAGUUUAAUAACUGAAGACGAGGAUGAGGACGAGGACACUGAUGCUGUUCUCAUUGCGGAACAGUUGCAUGGGGCUGUUGGUCGUACAUUUGGCCCCUUCAAGAGCGCUCAACCUACUGCAGCCUCUACUCCCCUUCGAGCUCCUUCUACACCAACCUCUGUAGGUAGGCAGGCAAGCAGACAGCCACCCGCCAAAAGUCCGCUUUUCUCUUCUAGGUAUGCCGAAGCUAGCGCCUCUAGUAUACAAUUUAGAAAAGACUUGGAAGAGUUGGAACAGGAAACACCUCGUCGUAACGGAGAGCGCUCUAUUAGGGACAAAUACCCUAACUGGGCAAGGUCUCCAACAAUGUUCAAGAAGUCCCCAGAAAGAAAGGCCGCCCUCACACAUAUUAAGAAUCCCUUCCUGAAGAAGCAAGAAGACGAGGAAGACAUGGGUGAGGAUUUGGAGUCCGUUUCUGACGUUGUUAUGGAAGAAAUCGAGGAAGAAGUCGAGCAAGAUGAGGCUGAGGAAGAAGCUUCUCAAAGCGAGUAUGGUGAGGUAGAGGAGAUUUUGAAUGAAAGGGAGUGGACUUACGAUGACGGUACGUGGGGGGAUCAGUUUUGGAUCAAAUGGGUGGGUUGGGGACACGAAUCGAAUACUUGGGAGCCGGAGGGCAAUCUGAAUUCUUCACUUGUCGCGGAAUAUCGAAAAAAAAGACGGGAGAGAAGAUCCAGGUCAAGCACAGCACACCCUUCAUCGCACAAGAAUCGUACAAUCAAAUCAGAAUCGGCCACACCAAGUUUGAGCGGCCUUCAAUUAAGAAUUCAAGUGAAUGCCCGUUCUCACAACAGCCUCUUCGUGAGUGACGAUGACGACGACGACAGUGAUAAAGAUAAGGGUAAUAAGGAUGGCGACGAUGAGCUAGACAGUCAACCUGUUGUUACAGGAAAGGAUAUCAGAAAGUCUAAGGUGCCUAUUGUGAUCGACAGCGAUAGCGACGAAUUUUAA